UAGUGCUUUAGCAAUUAGACAAGUUGAGUUCACAUUCUACAAAAAUAACUGAAACUAAAAUGACGAAAUUUACGAAGAUGCAUUUCGUAGUUAUUCUCCUUCUUUUAAGCUGCCUGAAGACAGCAAAUCCGCGGAGCAUUCCCACUACUGCGGAAACUGUGCCAGAAACAACCUCUGCAAUUGAGGAUUGUGAAACGAUCAGAAAAAAGGUUACAAACCAGGCUGAUAAACAAAGUGUUGAAACGAGAGUAAGAUGCACUUGCAAAAUUGGCAAAGUUGCUGGUACAAGCCGAGAAAAUCCCGCCUGUGUUCCAGAAUACGUGUUUCAAGCGGGUUUAUGGUGUGACAUGGAACCAUGCCUCCCAAACGAAGAGUGUCAUGUUCUCGAGUCAGAAGUUGGUUGGAUUUGCCACGGCGAACAACUAUCAAAGGUUACAAUAGUCAAGAAUUAUUCGAAUGUUGAAAAGCUACCACAGCUGCCCAAGUGAAGCCAGCGCUAUUAAUUGGCACGGGCGCCGGAAAACGUGCAAAAUAUAAUCCAACUUUAGAAAACAUGCUGACACAAUAAACAAAGAACUGACAUACGAUUACUAAUGUCCCUCUUUACUAAACGACUACAAGCUGUAAUAAAUUGCAAGUAUGUUACGCUUUUACAGUCGCUUGUCGCACAGAUUUAUUUGUUCAGUGCCAUUUACGGACUCGACUCUCUGAGAAAUGUUUAAUGUCGACCGCGGACAUUUUAUGUCAAGACGAAUUUUGUUCGUUGUUGCGACUACUUAUUGUCGACUAAAGACAUUUUAUGU